AUGGAGCUGCCCCCGGCACAGUUCCCCUCCCGCCGGGCCGCCGCCGUGGCCGUGGCGUUCCUGCGGUACCGGCGGGGCGGCCCCGGGCGGGCGCUGCGGCUGCGGGAGCUGCGCCGGGCGCGCACCGAGGACAUCAAGGAUGUUGGGCACAAGUACUACCUGGAACUGGAGCUGGAAGAUGUCCUGGACAAAAGGAGAAGUGAUGAAUAUCUGCAGUUUGACUACCUGGUUCUACUGCACGAAAUGGUGUCCCAGGUAAAUACUGGAUUUCUUAAAAGCCUUUUUUGUUGUUGUUUGAAGCCUGGCAGCUCUGCAGCCUCCAGCUCAGGCACACAGACGGUGGGGUGGACACAGAGGGUGAGGGUGAGGUCAGGGCCACCUUCUCUGUCCAUCCCAGCAUUCCAGGACACAACAGCAACAAUUUCUAGCUGUUUCUGGGCUUUCUUGGGAAUGGCUGAGGUUCAAAACACUGGUGGCUUCACAGCUCUUUCCUCCUGGGAGAUCCCAGUGCCAAACUGGCUGGGGAUCAAGGGAAGAAGUGGCAUCCUGGAGUGCUCAGCAGAAUUCCAGGGGGGUGGAAAUGCUCCCAUGCCAGAGGACAGCACUGGUGCCCAGCAGAGACCUCACCCAUCCCAGUUAUCCCAGCACAGACUGGUUCCUAGCAGAGUAUUCACACUUGGAGCCAUUCCCCAUCAUAAUUCUGUGAUCUGAGCAAGUGUUUUCAUAAGGAAAACACAGAAAAUGUGAGAGAGAAGUUCCUGAUUGUGCAACCUCCUGGAAAACCCACCCAGGGAUCUCCCUCCCAGCUCCAGCUCCGCUGCUUCCAACCCCUGCACUCUCAAGUUUUAAAUUAACAGAAUUCUAUGGAUUCUCCCAGUUUUUCUGUGUGUUUGGAGAAGAUAUACUGUGAGUUAAGAGUAACUCCUAAGGUGAUGUUCAGCUUUAAAUUUAAGCCAAGGUCAGCUUUAAAUUCAAAUUUAAACCAAGGUCAGCGUUAAAUUCCAGCCAAGUUCACUCGGGGCACCUACGUGGGUUUGGUUCCUGAGUUUUCCACGAGGAGAAAUUCCUGACUAACCAAGAGAACGGAAGCCCAGUUUGUUCCCUGCUGUCACUCCCACAGGAGAUCAUUCCCUGGGAGAUGACAGUGCUGUGGCACCCUCGGGAUGGUGUCAGAGUGACACGGGAGAGCCGCCAGCCCGGACACACCUCGGGA